AUGGCCGACCACAAGGAACGGGAUUAUUAUACGCAGACGGAUCUACGUUCUAAAAACGACGACCCGCCGAACUCGCGUCUCUUCGUCAUCUGCCACAAGAGUCUCGAGGAGGACGACCUCAGAAAAGCAUUCGAGAAGUUCGGCAAGAUCGAGGAUAUCUGGGUGGUUAAGGAUCGCAGCACGGGCGACAAUAAAGGUGUCACAUACAUCAAGUUCUCUAAAACAUCGGAAGCGGCGUUUGCUUUGGAGGAGAUGAAUGGCAAGAUGCUGGGCUCAGUGGGCAGAGCUAUCAAAGUGAUGAUCGCCUCAAAUCGGGAUCAAGGUUCUGUGCGGGAGACGAACGAAGAGGAGAGAUGGAUUCGCUUAUUCUGUGUAUUACCGAAAACAAUGACUGACAGCGAGCUACAACAGGAAUUCUCAAAGUUUGGUGCAAUCGAAUAUGCAACUGUCGUGAAGGAUCGCAGCACAAAUGAAUCCAAGGGCUUUGGCUACGUCAAGUUCAAGAAGGUAUCUAGCGCGGCGCGGGCAUUUGAGGAGUGUGACAGGAAGUACAAAGCAGUGUUCGCCGAGCCAAAGAAGCCAAAGCCUGAUCACAGCGAAGCCAAGUACAAUAAUGGAUCGUCUGGUACCGCAUACGACAGUAUCAGUACCAGUUAUGGCUCCUCGAACUUUGGCAAGAGUAGCAUCAGCCUCGAAAUUGCUACUAACUAUUCCAAUUCGGACGGUUACACGCAUCUGCAGGUAAUCGCACAUCCGGCCCUGAAUCAGGAUCAACUGUGGAAGCUGUUUGACAUAGUACCUGGGCUGGAUUACUGCCACUUAAAGACCGACGUGAGAUACAGGAUGCCACGUGGUCAAGCAGUGGUGGUAUACAACAAUCCGAGCGCGGCGGCAUACGCGCGUGAGAAAUUUCACGGUUUUGAAUAUCCACCUGGUCAUCGAAUGAUCGUCAAACCGGACUUGACUGGUGCGUUACCGAAAAGCUCGUCGAAAUCUGGCGGCUCAAUAACCGGUAGUGGCGCUAGUGCAAGGACGGAUUUGGUACAUCUGGCAGAGACCAUUGCACAAGCUACAUCAUUGAUUCAAGCUGCAGGUCUGACGGCACCGAGUUUAGAACACAUAUCCGUGAAGUUACCGCCGAUACAACCGAUGGCGAGUAUAGACGCUGAAGUUGCCAAGAGAUGUUUCAUUGUGUGUGGCCCACCGGUGCCACCUAUUUACGCUAUGAAGGAUGCAUUCUGUAGAUUUGGGAAUCUUAUAGAUGUAUACAUGUUACCUGGCAAGAAUUGUGGAUACGCAAAAUACGCCAGCGUUAGCAGCGCGAAUGAAGCCAUUGAGGUCCUGCAUGGUCAAGAGAUAUGUGGCUCUCGAUUGAAGGUACUCGAGGCGGAGGAACGAAACGUCGGUGAGGAUCGACGAAAACGCCUACGAACUGAUGAGGACGAGAAUUGAACGUGUUCUAAUAAAAAUGCGUAUCUCACUGACUGGUAUACACAAGCCGGACGCACGCAACAAAAAGAGACGAAUUUAAAGACUACUCACUUGACCACAUCAAGGGCCUGUGCAUCCAGGGAAAACUACUCCAACUACCUACCUAUAUAUAUUUAACUGUUCGCUUACGUUCGCGCAGCUGCAACUCUCUACGUUACUGAAACCUUUAACUGCUACUCUACUACUACUAUUACUUUUUAUCCUCUUACAUGUCCGUUUUACACACGAUACGUUGCGCGCGCGGACGACUCGAGUUUCUGUUACUUUAAGAGGCCUGUGCGAACGGCCGAUAUCACUGAGUACCUAUUCGCUAUAUACAUGUGUGAAAAGUAAUCUUUCCACAUCUUGAAUUAUAGCAAUGUACUUCCUUUAGACAUUGUGAGACUCAGAGGAGGCAAAGCAUGCAUACUUUGAUGAGGUACAUAAACCAGAUGUAUGUAUGUCUGAUAUAUGUCUGUCUCCCAGAUUGUAUUUCUCGCAUAUAUAUGUAUUUGUAUCUUUUUUUAAUCUUUUAAUCUUUAGCUUUACACUUCUUUGAAAUGAUACAUUUUCGACACUUAAAGGAUGCAUUCGUAGUAUGAUACGGAACAUCUUAAACGUUUUAAAUUCAACAUUGGCAACUGUGAGAAAUCUAUGAAAACAAUUAUGGCUCUGAUUAUCUGCGCGUUCGCAUAGGUUUUUAGGUAUAACUCAUGCCUUAGGUUUAACAAAGAGACCUUUAAUUUAUGAUUAAAUUUCUGUACUUUUCU